CAAAGUUACUCUGUAACAGGCACAGCUUUGUUAAGGGAAGAAUUCACUUUAUUUCAAUACAGUGGAAGAUCAUACAAACCAAAAUUAUCUAAGGACAAUGCAUUUUUUCUAAUAUAUACUUUAUCAAAGCAGAUGUAUGUUUACCUCUCCUUGAAUUGCAGAUAUGCAAAUGAAUGCUUCUCACCCAGGAGCAUAUUUACCACCUGGAUAUUCCCCUGAAUAUCCUUCAGCAGCAUUCCAAGAUAGAUCAGAUUCAGAUUCAUCAGCAAAUUGAACUUACAGAAGUCAUAAUACAUAUUGAAACAAAUAACAAAUAUGAAAUUAAGAACAGCCUUGGACAGAGGAUUUACUUUGCAGCAGAGGAUACUGAUUGCUGUACCCGAUAUUUUUGUGGGGCUUUUAGGCCUUUUACCAUGAGGAUCCUUGAUCUUAUAGGCCGAGAGGUCAUAACUCUGGAGAGACCGCUAAGGAUUAACUGGCUUUGUUUCCCCUGCUGCCUGCAGGAGAUAGAAAUCCACGCUCCUCCUGGGAUACCAAUAGGUUAUGUCACCCAGAUCAGACACCUAUUUCUGCCAAAGUUUAGAAUUCAAAAUGAGAAGAGAAAGGAUAUACUAAGAAUUACUGGUCCAUGUUUCAUGUGCAGCUUUUGUGGAGAUGUUGAUUUUGAGAUUAAAUCUCUUGAAGGGAAAAAUGUGGUUGGCAAGAUUUCUAAGCAAUUUACUGGGAUUGUAAGAGAGAUAUUUACAAAUUACAGUAACUUUCGCAUCCAAUUCCCUUCAAACGCUGAUGUGAAAAUGAAAGCUGUUGUGCUUGGCGCAUGUUUCCUCCUUGAUUUCAUGUUUUAUGAAAACACUGGAUGCGCUAAGAUUUUGACAGCAGGAUUGUUGUAG